GUUUGAAAAAAAUUGGUUCUUUUUUUUUUUAUUAUUUUAUUUUAUUUGCCAGACAUGUCCUGACAGAACAAACAAUCAUAGGCCUCUUUUCGUACGCUCAGCUCAGACCCAAAUUUUAAAAAAUAUAUGAAAGAUGAAAACUUUUGGGGUCUAAUUCAAUUGUAAUAGCAUAUGAGUGUCUGGUUCUGCGUCUCUCUGUCUGUGGAUCUAGAAUCAAUGGAGUUUUGAAAUUGGGUGCUCAACUUUCCUGGGUUUAUGUUUCUGGCUAUUCGUUGCUUUGCAGCACGAUACAUCUGCUUUGAUCAUUGAGGCAAAGGAUAAGAGCCCUGCUUAUACAAUAACUUACACUUAGGAUUGAAGGGGUUUUUGUUUUUGUAGUUGCCAAAUGCUAAAUUUUGGCAGGGGAAGAACUCAAACAAGGUCCACUCGAUCUAUGUCACUUGGAGGCAUGGAUUACCCAGACCCGAAAAAGAAGAGCAGCUUUGUUGGCAAAAUUCUUUUGGCUGCUGGCCUCACAGCAUUAUGCAUUCUUAUGCUCAAGCAAUCUCCAAGUUUUAAUUCUCCAAGCCCGUUCUCCCAUCAGGAAGACGGGGUAACGCAUGUCCUAGUAACGGGAGGUGCUGGCUACAUUGGUUCACAUGCUACCUUACGACUUCUGAAGGACAAAUACCGUGUAACUAUAGUGGACAACCUCUCACGGGGAAACCUGGGUGCUGUAAGGGUUCUCCAAGAAUUGUUUCCAGAACCUGGAAGACUUCAGUUUAUUUAUGCUGACUUGGGUGAUGCAAAAGCCGUUAAUAAAAUAUUCUCAGAGAAUGCGUUUGAUGCUGUUAUGCAUUUUGCAGCUGUAGCAUAUGUUGGGGAAAGCACCCUUUUCCCACUUAAGUAUUAUCAUAAUAUUACAUCAAAUACUUUGGUAGUAUUAGAGGCCAUGGCAGCACAUGGUGUGAAGAAAUUGAUAUAUUCUAGUACAUGUGCAACAUAUGGGGAACCUGAAAAGAUGCCUAUUACGGAAGUAACUCCUCAGGCCCCCAUUAAUCCAUAUGGAAAAGCUAAAAAAAUGGCAGAAGAUAUCAUCUUGGAUUAUUCUAAAAAUUCAAACAUGGCAGUCAUGAUCCUAAGAUACUUCAAUGUGAUUGGGUCAGAUCCAGAGGGCAGAUUAGGUGAAGCUCCAAAACCUGAACUACGUGAACAUGGACGAAUCUCUGGUGCUUGUUUUGAUGCAGCUAGUGGUAUUAUGCCUGGACUGAAGGUUAAAGGAACAGACUAUGAUACACCUGAUGGCACUUGCGUACGCGAUUAUAUUGAUGUCACUGACCUGGUUGAUGCUCAUGUGAAAGCUCUUGAAAAGGCUGAGCCCAAAAAGGUUGGAAUCUACAAUGUUGGCACUGGAAAAGGUAGAUCGGUAAAAGAUUUUGUGGAGGCAUGUAAGCAGGCUACAGGAAAGCCAAUCAAUGUUGAUUACCUACCCCGCCGGCCUGGUGACUAUGCUAAAGUGUAUAGUGACCCAUCUAAGAUCAUGCGUGAACUGAACUGGACAGCACGAUAUACUGAUCUUAAAGAGAGUUUGCAGACUGCAUGGAGAUGGCAGCAGUCGCACCGUGGUGGGUAUGAAAAUAUUUAAGCAUCAUCUUACUGAAAGGAUAACAGCAUUCCGUAGCCGAAGAUUUAUGCAAAGACCCCAUGCAGUGCUGAUUUUGGCCACGUUCUAAUGCUCUCUUUAGAACAGGGGUUUGAAAUUGAGAUCAAAUUUUUUAUAUAUAUUAUAUAUCAUUAUGGGGUAGUAGUAGGAUUCAAGCAAAGCUCAUUUGUUACAUGUAUUAGAACAGAAUAUAGUUCAAUAAUGAUGAUGCUUAGGCGCGGGUAUAGCUUUUAUUGAUUA